UCUCUCUCUCUCUCUCUCCAUUGCCUUUAUCAGCUUCUUCCGUCUAAACAAUUUUACUCAGAUCUGAUACUGCAAUUAACUCCUUAUAUUAUCAUCACAAACCUCUACAUUUUGUUGAGGGCCAUCUGAGUUUGAUAAAUCAUUGGCAUUAUGGAAAAAGACAAUUUAACUGAGAACGCAAUACUGAAUUCUUCAUCUACGGAAAAGGAGGAGCAUUUACAUGAGGUUCAGAAAGAACACCAGGACAAGGAAAAUGUUUCUGAGAAGAACAUAGUGAAUUCUUCAACUGCAGAAAAGGAGGGAGAUACACCUGAUUCGCAGAAAAAUGAUCAGGAAAAGGAAGAUUCUUCUGAGAAAAAUACAGUUAAUACUCCAUCUGCUGAGAAUCUGGAGAGAAAGAAACUUGAUGUUCAGAGACAAGAUGAUGUGGAACCACUUAUGGAAGUAAAAUCGCUGAGCAUCAGGGAGGGAAGUCCUGAAGUAGAUAGUGAAAAGACUCUAGAUGACUUUAAUAAUAAGAUGGGUGAGAGUGCAGGGUUGGAGUCAGAAAAUGUUAGAGUAACAAACAAGAAUCUUGAGGAAAUUCUGUAUGAGGAGGAGGAGGCCGAGCCUGUAUUUGAUGGAACGGAGGUUUCUGGGAUGGAGGGUAACAGGAGUUCAUCUACCCGUUCUUUGGAUCUUGACUCAGAGACACAGGGACAUGCUUGGCCUGAGAAAGCAGUAGCCCUUACAAACUUCGUAAGGGAAAAGAGUGCUGUGGCGGUUUCUAGUGUUCUGCGUCGCCUUUCUGGGAAAAGUGAUGGUGGACAGGUCAUUCCUGAUGAAGAAGAUAACAACAAUAGCAACACUAAGGAGGUUGUGGAUUCUUCCAAAGAAAGUGAGGCCCAAGAAGCCUCUCAUAAAACAGUAGACAGAUCUGGGUGGAAUCCCCUUAGUUUAAUCGGGAUUUCGCGUGAUGCUAAUGCAGAAAACAAAGCUGAACAGAGGAAGGAUUUCAUCAACGAAUCAGCACUGCUCAUAGCCAUGAAAGGAAGAAUUAUAUUGUAUACGCGGUUAGGAUGCCAGGACUGCAAAGAGGCAAGGAUAUUUCUACAUCAGAAGAGGCUGAGAUAUGUUGAAAUCAACAUUGAUGUGUACCCUAAUAGGAAGCUGGAGUUAGAGAAGAUUGGUGGGUCUUCUGCUGUACCCAGAGUGUUCUUUAAUGAAGUCCUCAUAGGAGGGUUGACAGAACUGAAGGAAUUGGAUGGGUCUGGCAAGCUUGAUGAGAAGAUUGAGUUUGUAAUGACGGAAGGGCCAUCAUUUGAGGCUCCUCUGCCACCACUUUCUGGAGAAGAUGAUGUGUCCAGUAGUGGGGCUAUAGAUGAGCUAGCUGUUAUUGUUCGGAAAAUGAGAGAAUCUAUUGCUGUUAAGGACCGGUUUCACAAAAUGCGCAGGUUCACAAACUGUUUUCUAGGUUCAGAAGCUGUGGAUUUCUUGUCGGAAGAUCAGUACUUGGAAAGGGAAGAGGUUAGUUGCUGGAUCAUUUUCAAGCUUAGACAAAUUAAUUUUACUCUUUUACUCAAAUCUAUACUUAGAAGACAAUAU